AUGCUGAUUACCAACCCAGCUCUUCUGGGCAUUCUUGCCUCUCUUGUCCCGCUAGCUUUGGGAGCUUCCAGUCAAUCGAUACAAGCUCGCUCGAGAAAAUGUGUGAUUCCUUCAAGCUACGCAUCCUCUCAGGGAACCGCCGAUGAUUCCCCUGCCGUCGCCAGCGCCUUUGCCCAAUGCGCAGAGAAUUCGGUCAUCGUCUUCCAGGAGGGCGUUGACUACAAUAUCUUCCACCCGAUCAAAGCGACCAAUCUCAGCAAUGUCGAGAUUCGAGUGCUGGGGAACCUACAUCUUCCCCAGAACAUUACCGCCGUACAGAACAUCGUCAAAUCCGGCCAAAAUACCUGGUUCACGUUCCAGGGGCCGCGCGUCGACUGGACGGGAGCCGACGACAUCAACAAUGGCUGGAUAAACUCGUACGGCCAGGCCUGGUGGGACGCAAACCCAGCCAACAGCAGCAGUUUCCCGAACCGGCCGCACCUGAUGAGCUACAAGACGAGCCAGGCGUCAAUCAAGAACUUCCGCUCGGGCAAGCCCAUCGCGUGGAACGUCAAGCUACAAGGCGACGACAUCACCGUCACCCACGCCAUCGUCGACGCCAAAUCGACGGGCGGCUUCCCCUUUAACACCGACGGCUUCGACGUCGAGGGGACCAACAUCAGAAUCACCGACAGCAUCAUGUACAACGGCGACGAUGCCAUCGCCGUCAACUCCCCUUCGCACAACAUCGUCUUCGCCCGCAACACCAUCGGCUACCAGUCGCACGGCAUGAGCAUCGGCUCGCUGGGCAAAGACCCCACCGACUUCGCCAACAUCACCAACCUCCGCUUCGAGGACGUCACCGUCAUCGACGCGCUGUACGCCGCCCGCUUCAAGUCCUGGUCCGGCGGCAAGGGCCUCGUCAAGAACGUCGUCUGGAAGAACAUCCGCGUCAAGAACGUCACGUUCCCCAUAUUCGUCACCCAGAGCUACUGGGACCAGAGCGCCUCGCGGUCGGGCACCAUCGACCCCUCCUCAUCCGUCAUGAUGGAGGACUUCACCUGGUCCGAUUUCUCGGGCUCCAUCAACACCUACCACCCCGGUGAUGGAUCGUGCGUUACCAAUCCGUGCUGGUACAAUGCCGGUCUGCCGAACCUGAAGCAUACCGAGGCCAUUGUGCUCGAGUGCAACACCGAGUCCUCUUGCAAGAACUUCAGGACAGAGAAUAUCCGGCUUUACCCGCAGAGUAAGGACUCGCCUAGCGUUAUUUGCAUGAAGGCUACAGCGGAGCUGAAUCCCAAACUUGGGUUCGAGUGUAAGAAUGGUACCUUUCUGCCUCAGUGA